UUCCAUGCAAAGUGAGCAUAGAGGUCAGUCUCCAACUAGACGCUUGUUUUGAGGCAGUGAAGCUGAAAGAGGGUUCUCGUCGCUAUAAGCGAUCGGAUUUCUUCACAUUUCCUCCAACAUGCGAGGGUACGCGAGAAGGAAGCCUAACGAUAACAUCAAGGCCCCUCGAAUCGAUCCCCCUCAUUCUCCAAAACAGCGCCCGUCUAGUGAUUCGGACUAUUUUUACCAAAAACUCAACCAGGUCUGGGAGUCCUACGGACUCGGUCUAAUUAUUGAUGCCCGAGAAACUUCGCUGGACAUGUUCCUCUUUUACUCGGAGGUGACCAGAAGAGGAGGAUAUCAUCAGGUCAGCAGAGACAGGAAAUGGGAUGAACUUGUUUCUGCCUUAAAGUUGCAAGGCAGUAACGCAAAGUUACCUGUUCAACUUGAAAAGUGCUACGCUCUACUUCUUUACCAGUUUGAGCGACUCUACCACUACAGGGAUCCAGCACAGAAAGCUGCUACUAGCCCCACCUCAGGUCUUGUCACAGAUGGCAUAAGCCCAGAGAGGAAGCGUAAAUAUGAGGUUAGUUUAUUUGAAUUAAUGGAUAAUGAAGACGGUGAGGUGGAGACAAAGAUGUGCAAGGAAAUGACAGGGAGCGAGCUUGCAGAACAGCAAGUAUUGGUACAGGCAACUCAAGAGGACAAGAAAGUAAAGAAACGUCGAGGUGCUCCGCAGGGAUGUAAAACUGCAUAUCAGAUAUUCAUCAAGCAGGAAUGCGCUCGGCUGAAGACUUGUAAUGAGGCAUCUACUCGCUCAAAUUUUCUACGCAUGGCCAUUGAUGCGUGGAACAAUAUGACUGAGAUUGAGAGACAGCCGUUUGUGGAAGAAAGCAAGAAGGAAAAGGAAAGGCUCAUGGAAGCAACGAAGACUGGAGAUCAGAAUGGAGAUCAGAAUGUUAAAGCUGGCAUUGAUUUUGGUGACUAUCGUGUGACUCUGCAACCUGAUGCAGAGAACUGCGGCGAUGGCUUAGAGCUUGUAAUGAGCGAAGAAGGACCCAAAGAGCCAUUAACUAUUGACAUGGGGCAUAUACCAAGUGAAGCAUUAGAGUAAUUGUGGGUUCAGUGGGUGUCCUGCGAUGCCUUUUGGUUUUUGGAGCUAUCUCGCUGUAUAGUUGCUGUACAUGGUUUACUCAAACUAAGCUGCUAGCCAUCAUUUUUUUGUGUGUUGAAACUUGAAACAGCAAAAGCGUGGCUGGAAGAGGUGUAGAAUAUACAUCCAUCCUACUUUGACUAGUACAUCUGCUUGUGUUACAGCGUUGCCUUUGCGAAUUCCACCUUAUGGAUGAUUGCUUGAUUUAAUUGAGCUCGGAAUUGGACUUUGGGCCUCCGUUCCAAAGGUUUUUUAAAACUGAAAAACAGAUAUGAUGUUUUGUCAUCCAUGGCUUUCCAUCAUCAACAAUUUGGAUGGCCUUCCCCAAUGACGUUUUCUCUCUUAGAUGUUGAAAUAAUUGGAUAGUUAUGUAUAUUACACGGAAUAUAUAUGAAAGAAACCCAAGUAGAGGUGGACGGAAAAUUAAUUGUUGCACAAUUGAAUGCUUCCUUCCAAAUUUAUGUUGGUGUAAUGAUCGUAAUCAUAAUUGAUUCGGAUAAUGUAACAACUGUAACA